AUGUUUUUGAAAAUUGUUGGGCAAUAUCACACUCAUUCCUCUGUAGGAUUUGCAUUGUGGCGAUCUGAGGAGACAUUAGCCUGUGAAAUAAUUUGCACUCGGUCUACAGAUACACAUGUUAAGAUCACUACCAACCCAAACAGAUUUUAUCCCUACUUUGAGGGAUGUAUAGGGGCACUAGAUGGCACCCAUAUUAGGGCACGUGUGCCUUCAAAAUAUGUGGACAGGUUUAGGGGCCGCAAGCCAUAUCCCACACAGAAUGUCCUAGCUGCCGUGGAUUUCGAUCUUAGAUUCACGUAUGUUCUAGCAGGGUGGGAGGGAUCUGCUCAUGAUUCUGCUGUAUUGCAUGAUGCCCUAUCUCGUCCAAACGGUCUCAAAAUUCCAGAAGAAUGGGUGAGCAAAAAGAAGGUGCCAAGAGCGAGGUUGCUCGCUCUCGUGAUAAUUACAUGUCAUGGAGUGAUGAUUGUACCAAGUAUAUGCUUGAGUGGUAUAUCGAGAAGCAAAGGGACAAGCCACCAACCUUCAAGUGGAAGGCACAACACCAUCUACAAUGUGCUAAUGAUUUGAAU